GCGAUUAUGAUUCAGAGCGCGCCAUUUUGAAAUUUUGUUAGUUGGAAAAUGUGAGGACCAGAAGAAAAAAACGUAAACAAUGACCGCGAAUAGGCCUAUUCAUAAAAGAAUUGUAUGAACUGCUGCAAGAUGUGAGGAGUACUAAAACACCAACAUGAGAAAAGAUGAAUAAAGGAAAACAGGCAACCCUGUUCCAAAGUUGGGGGGCCAAGAAGUCUAAACCUGGCAACUCUCGGGUAGCUAACAGUUCAAGGGGUGAUGUUGGUGCACAGCCAGGCCCAUCCUCUACCGCUGACCACUCGGACAUCAUAGAUCUGUGUGAUGGACUGGAAGAUGAUGACGAUGAAGACCUUUUGGCACAGGCCAUGGACAAUGCGGCCAUGCCAGGGAACAAGGAGCCAACUGCUGGUUCGUCAUCAGUGGUGGCACCUGGAGAAGAUGUAUGUAACAUAUCCCUGGGAGCCGAGUCCUUUUCUGGUAAUGUGUCCUUGACCCAGACAGUCGCUCCCGAGGGGUUUGACAAAUUUGCAGGAAAGACCUGGAUCUACCCCACCAACUACCCAGUUCGGGAUUAUCAGUUCAACAUCUGUCAACAGGCUCUGUAUAAAAACACUAUGGUCACCCUUCCCACUGGCCUUGGCAAGACCUUCAUAGCGGCUGUAGUCAUGUACAACUUCUACAGGUGGUACCCUCAGGGUAAGGUUGUGUUCAUGGCUCCGACUAAACCCUUAGUAGCUCAACAGAUAGAGGCCUGCUAUAACAUCAUGGGUAUCCCUCAAGCUGACACUGCUGAAAUGACAGGAAACAUGGCUCCGACGGAGAGGAAGCGUAUUUGGCAGGAGAAGCGGGUGUUUUUCCUCACCCCACAGGUUCUCACGAAUGACUUGAGUCGUGGGACGUGUCCUGCUGUCAGGGUCCGAUGUCUCGUGGUGGAUGAGGCACACAAAGCAUUGGGCAACCAUGCCUAUUGUCAGGUUGUGAGAGAGUUGAUAAAAUACACCGAGAACUUCCGUAUUUUGUCCCUGAGUGCUACACCAGGUAGUGAUAUCAAGGCAGUUCAGCAAGUCUUGUCAAAUCUCCUGAUAUCACACAUUGAAAUAAGGACUGAGGAGUCAAUCGAUAUCAGACAAUUUUCACAUGAGCGGAAAGUGGAGAAGAUUGUUGUCCCCCUUGGUGAUGAGCUCACCGAGGUGAAAAAGGCGUAUAUACAGGUCAUGGAUGUGGUUGUCGGUCGACUGAAGAGACAAGGUGUCUUGUAUAAGAGGGAAACAACCAGUUUCUCCAAGUUCCUGAUUCUGAAGGCCAGGGAAGCUUUUAGACAGAAUCCACCUCAACAACUACAGAGGACACAGUACGGUGCGGUAGAAGGUGACUUGGCCCUAGCUAUGAGUCUGUACCAUGGGUUUGAAUUGCUACAACUACACGGCCAGCGCUCAUUGUACAACUACCUGGAAAGUAUUGUGAGUGGAGAAAAGGGACAUGGUCGUACAAAGGCCGAGCUGAUGAGGAAUGCUAACUUCGUGGAGAUGAUGGAUAAACUCCGUAGUAAAUUUGCUUCUGAUCCAAAUAUCAGACUUAGUCAGAAGUUCAGAGACGGGUAUAAGACAGGACAUCCAAAGAUGCAGAAAUUAGAGGAAGUGGUUGUCAGCCAUUUUAACAACUUUCUAAAAGGUGGAAAUGACGAGGAGAAGUCUCAAGCGACACGAGUGAUGAUUUUCUCUCAGUACCGAGACAGUGUGUCGGAGAUAACGGACAUACUCAUGCAACAUCAGCCAUUGGUCAAGGUGAUGAGCUUCAUUGGUCAGUCGUCUGCCGGCAAGGCCACCAAGGGAUUCACGCAGAAGGAGCAACUCGAGGUGAUGAAGAAAUUUCGUGAAGGCGGCUACAACACCUUGGUGUCCACAUGUGUUGGAGAGGAAGGUCUGGACAUCGGAGAAGUGGACCUCAUUGUGUGCUUUGAUGCUCACAAAAGUCCAAUAAGACUGGUGCAGAGAAUGGGCCGUACAGGCAGGAAACGGGAGGGACAUAUCAUCAUGUUAGUUACAGAGGGCAAGGAAGAACAGAUUUAUAAUCAAAGUCAGUACUCUAAGAAAAGUAUACACAAGGCGAUCCUCAACGGUGCCAAAUCCCUUCAUUUCUACCAAAACAACCCACGUAUGGUCCCGGAGGCAUGGAUCCCAUCUUGUCAUAAAAUGCACAUCACUGUCAAGCAGAACUUCCAGCCAAAAAAUGGACCAAAAAAUGGAGCAAAAAAUGGGCCAAAAGUCAAGCAGAAUUCCAGGCAGAGCAAAAUUAAAUUCCAAUCAAAAUCCACCACAGGCGCGACAAGUGACGAUGGUCUAAUAACUGCGGAGGAGUACCGGGACCUAAUCCAGAACUACUCCGUACCAGCUGACAGUUUACCCACCCUGCCUAGGAGAUUACCCCUGUUGGCUCUGGGGGAGCAACAUGAACCCGUACCUGUUGGUGAGAGACAGAUUCUCCGUGAAUGGCUACCCUGGCAGAAUCGCCUUCAGCAGACCUUCAAAAUAGAGCACUCAACAAAAACUAAAAACUUUGUGGAAUUGAUGCAGUUUAUUGAAAUUCAGCAACUUCUAGAUCCAAACGAGGAUCCAUAUGGAGAGGAAAUGAGACUAUUUCUCGAUGAGGAGGACGUGAUAAAACCAGGGGAGACAACUAGACGAGGAGGAAUUCGUAAGUUCUGUGUCAACGUGGAAAAGAGUGCCAAAACUGCAUCAACUGUACAAAAAGGCAAGGGAAGACAUGUCCGGAGGAGUGAAACCUUGCCAGCAUUUGAGAUCAGUAGUGAUGAAGAUAGUGAUGAAGAUUUACCUAAUUUUAACAUCAAUCAUAAUGAUAAAAGGACAUCAGUUCUAGGAAGUGUGAACAAGAAAGUGAAGAAAGGCAAACAUCAGCUUCUACCGAAAAAUAUGCCAGUGUUGAUCGAUGUUCCAGAGUCAGAAUCUGUUGUAAGGAAAAGUAAAAAGGACAAGAAACGUUCUACGAGUGGUGAUAGAUCUGUGGUUCAGUUGAUAGCCGAUACUGAAAGCCGAGAUUUCACUGACGAAGAAGAAAUAGUCCCGAAUGUUCUUCCACCUUUAGAUGAAAUUACAUCUUACUACAAUAAGAUAGAAAAAUCAGCUCAUGACAAUCAAACUGAUAUACAGAAGGAUGUGGAUUCUUCUGAUAAUAAUUAUUCUCCUCUUGAUGUCAGUGAUCAUGAAGAAAUGGAGGUUGAUGACAGGAGAGAAAAAGACUCAUCAUUUUCACAUCUUCUUCCUAAAAUUCCUCAUUUGGACAUUUGUUUGGCUUUGACGGAAUGUGCGGAAACACCAGGAAAUAUCACGUGUCAGGUCCGAACUCCUCCUCCUUUGGAGCAAGUUGGACAAAUUGUAGCAGACUUAGAUAAGUGUGAACAGCUACCUCCUUUAGAUUUGUUACAGUUAGUUGAUGAAUGGGAAAAAGAAAACAAGGAAUAUCAGAAACAAGGUCGACUUGAUGGAUCUGACUCGAAGGGAAUACAUCAGUCUGGCCGGGGUCAUUCUUCAACGGAGGAAAGGUCACCAGCUAGUGCCAGCAAUAUAAUUGGACAUUCCAGUACUGGAAGAAAAAUGUCAGAGCCAUUGAAGGAUAUUCAUAUCCACAUUGCAAGUCGGUCUCCACCUAAAAUAUCUUUGAAGCCUUAUAAGGAACAUGAACACAACAUUGAAGGACAAAGUGUCGCCAACAAAUCAGACGGUGAACAUAAUCAGUCUGAUGUUGAGGCUUGUCAAGAAAGAGCUCAAGACAAAGGGAGAGGAUCCCUCCCUAAAGAUAAUAAAAUAUUGUCCCCAGUUAAUAAGGCUCUAGUUCCUCCCAGAAACCCAGGAACAGAAGAGGAAGUUCUUUCUGAUGAUUCCGACAUUUUUAUGGACACACAGGCAAACUUCUGUCUGGCAGACAAUGUAGAUGAUGAACCAUUUGGGGAGGAGAGUAAAUCCUCAUCUGUCACAAGUGAUCAUAUCCAAAACUCGCCCCAGAACACUGUGUUGGACAGUAAAGACAGCAAGGAAGCAGUUUCAGCGAUACAGGAGAAUAGUUCUGAAGAAUUUUCUGGUGAUGAUUUUUUUGACACUCAGGCAAAUUUUUCCCUUCAUGAUGAUGAUCUUUUCGGUGAUGCUGAAAUUGAAAUUGACACAGAUGUGAAAAAUGCUUCAUCUUCCUCAGUGAGUGACAGGAGUGACCAAUCAGGAAUCUUAGUCGAUCAAAAAUGUUUAAAAAAUGCGGAAAAGAUCAAAUUGUCCGAUAAACUAGGAAUUUUAGAUCAGAAAAGUGUAAUAAAUGCAGGAAAGGACAACCUGGGGAGAUAAACUCGUUGAUUCCUCUGUGAAAUUUGACUCCAUUACAAAUGGGAAACCUCC